ACAACACAUGUAAUUGUUUUAUAUUUAACGUACAGGGCCAAUCCGAAAGAGCCAGUGCAGUUAAAACUGACUGAUUCAAGAUCAAUUACUUCGGCCCCGUGGGUAAAGAACGCUGCGGUAAAAAUACUUAUACACGGAUAUACCGGCCAUAGGGACUUUUCACCGAAUACGGAAAUAAGACCAGUGUACUUGGAGUGUUGCGAUUACAACAUAAUAAGCGUUGACUACAACAAAAUAGCACUAGACCCUUGCUACAUGCAAGCCGCUCGCAACACUGAGCUAGCUGGGAUGUGUACAGCGCAACUAAUCGAUGAGCUAGUGCAGAAACAUGGCUUCUCGCUGCCUAACUUCCACGUCAUCGGAUUCAGCCUUGGUGGACAAACGGCUGGCUAUAUUGCUAACUAUCUAAAAUCGGGCAAACUCAGUAGAAUAACGGCUCUUGACCCAGCGCUGCCUUUAUUCGCAACAGCGGAUAACAAAAAUAAAGUUGAUUCCGACGAUGCAUAUUUUGUCGACGUCCUUCACACAAACGCAUUGCAGAAAGGUAAAUUAGAGGACAGUGGACACGUUGAUUGCUAUGCAAACGGUGGGGUGUUUCAGCCAGGAUGUGUUGAUACUGAAAAUCAGACUAAAUCUUCAUGUGAACACGAUCGAGCUGUGCAUUAUUAUGCCGAAUCAAUAACAACCAAAGUGGGAUUUUUUGGAACCAAAUGUUACUCCUGGCUGGCAUAUAUGUUAGGAAUAUGUAAAGUUAUAAGUUCAGACGAGGAAAUUAUCUGCGGCGAGCAUGUUCCAAGAGAUGCUUCUGGAUCAUAUUUCUUUUUCACUGACUCCAAAUCUCCAUAUGCGCUUGGUCCAAGAAAGAAUAACUAAAUUGCAAAGGAAUAUAGAAGAAUACAAGGAAUAAUUAAUAUCUUCCAGUUUUUUUUACCUAUACCAUACCUAUAUAUCUUAAUAUACUACUUACUUAUUGUUUUUUUAACAUUGGUAAUUAAGUGGUUAAUAAUAUGUACCUACGACGCAAAAUGAACGCUGUCUCGUAAAAAGUGAGAACAACAAAAAAAUAUAGAUUUAGUUAUUUAGUUCCAACACAUAAUGAGAUCACUUCCGCCAUUCAGUCGACCUUCGCGCAGAGCACUGUUUCUAAUAAUA